UAGACCAUACAAACAAAGAGUACAAUUUUGUUUAAUCAUCAAUCAGAGAAAGGGAAAGAAAAAACAGAGAAUUGAACAAAAAGGGGUAACACUAACAGAAAAUAGAAGCAACGAACAAUGAGUUGUAGAAAAUGGAACAUAAGCAUUCAAUACAACAUCAUGAAUUCAGUGUCUGAAGCAGAAACAAUCUUAGGAUGUUUCACGAACAACAACAAUAACAAACUGAGGCGUCUCCCACACGUGUUCAGCAAAAUUCUCCAACUACCAUUACCAUCAGAUGCUGACGUGUCAGUGGAGGAACACCCUAACUGUUUCCGAUUCGUGGCGGAAACAAACUCACUCGGCCACGUGGAAACUCACACACUUCAUAUUCAUCCAGGUGUCACUAAGAUUAUUGUUAGAGCAACUCACUCACUUCAAUUUUCAUUGGACGAUCUUAACCCUCAUAUUUGGAGGCUUCGUCUCCCUGAAUCCAUUAUCCCGGAGCUCGCCACCGCCGUGUUUGUUGACGGUGAACUCGUCGUCACCGUUCCAAAGGCUGAUGAUGAUGAUGAUGAGGAGAGUACUGAAGCUAAUGAUUGUUCAACAAUUUAUUAAUUAAAUCAAAAUUAUUGAAUUUCAAUUAAUUGUUUAUUGCUAUUUCAUUUACUACAUGAUUUGUGGUUGGAUUCGAAUUUGGAAUAUGUGUUGUGGUUUCGUGUCUCGGCAAUGCAAUGCCAAUUUUCUUCAUUCUUCCGCACGUGUGUUAUGCUUUUGUGUAUUAGUUAUUUUAAUUUAUAUAAAAUAAUAAUUUUAUAGCGUGA